CAGAUUGGAUGGUAAGCUCAGUAAAAAGAGAGGCAAACAAAGCUGCCUUUAUGAUUGCUCGGAGUGUGACAAAGGAAAUGAGAUACCAAUCAUAUGUAGCUCAAGGUAGCCCUUCUUGGUUGAGGAGCUUGCUUGCGGAGGAAGGUAUAAGGUCAACAAGAGUAUAAGGUGACGCUAGAUGGAGGAUCUUUGAAAUGGAGGAGGUUUGGUUGGGAUAACGUGCUUUAGGCUGUCGUUUUCCUUUUUAAAUUUGAGUUGGUUGUAUUUUUCAUGGUUCUGUAGGAAUUUGCUUCUGGUUUUUAUUUCUCAAACAUUUAUCUCAGAGUUAAAAAAAAAAGUUAACCUCAAAGCCGUUGAGGGUCUUAAUGAUUUACAACUUACAAGGGAUGGUUCAGUGUUUUGCUAUAUCUGGAUGCAUUGAGUAAUAAAUAUGUACACAUGCCAAAAAAAAAACACACACAAACUAACACAUCCUCCAUUAGAAAGCUUUUAUUGUUGACAAAAAAAUGAAUAUCCAAAUGUGUAUUUUGCAUAUAUCAAAAUUGUAAAGAUUUUAAACGUUAUGAAUAUUAAAUGGAAAGAUUUUAAAAUAAGUAGAUCUUAAAUGAUUUUUAAGCAUGUUUCCUUUAUGUGUUUUAAGAGAUUUUACAUUGUAUGAAUAUUAGCAUAAUUUAACAUUACCACUAUAUUUAUGUAUCUCAUUAUUUCAUAUCAAACACAACUCAGUUAUAUAUUCAUAUUCUCUAAUUAUAACAUCGAUCUUUGUCAUAAUCAUCAACAUGUCAUCCAGACAGGUCGUGAAGAAGAUAUUUGCAAAUUUUGAGAAUAGUAACGAUGGUGUCAUUAGACAAGGAAUUACCAAGAGUGACCAUGAGUUACUGGACCCGUUCGUGUCGCUUGCUGAAUUUUCUGUUUCACCUCCAGGUGGAUUCCGAGAUCAUCCUCAUAGAGGUUUUGAGAGUGUUACAUACAUGUUGGAGGGAGGCCUCAUUCACCAAGACUUCAAUGGUAACAAGGGUACAGUCCAUGAAGGAGAUGUUCUGUGGACGACAGCAGGAAGAGGAAUCAUUCAUUCUGAAAUGCCUAAAGAACACACUAACAUUGGCUUACAGCUUUGGGUCAACCUCCCUUCAAGUGACAAAAUGAUCGACCCAGCAAACGUAGAAAUAUCGAGUUCUGAGAUGCCAGUAGCAUAUGAAGAAGGAGUAGAGGUCAAAGUCAUAGCAGGAGUGUCAAUGGGAGUCCAAUCUCCUUUCUACACAAGGAUACCAAUGAUGUUCCUUGACAUAACUCUCCAGCCAAGGUCACAAACCCAGCAGACUAUUCCGGAGUCGUGGACCGCCUUUGCAUACGUUUUAGAUGGCAAUGAAGGCGUGUUUGGCUCCUCAGACUCUUAUGCAGUGCAAGCACACACUCUUGUGGUGUUUGGAACAGGAGAUGAAGUUAGCGUGUGGAAUACGUCAAACUAUAGGCCGUUGAGGUUCUUGUUGAUUGCAGGAGAACCGAUUGGGGAGUCUGUGGUUCAACACGGGCCAUUUGUGAUGAACACGCAAGCUGAGAUUGAUAGGACCAUAUGGGACUAUCGCAAUGGCCAGAAUGGCUUUGAGAUGGCUAAGUAGAGGUCAGACUGAAACGAGUCUGAAACAAUAACAGACUUUUUUUUUUAGUAUACUAUUUUUUUUAUAUUUUGAAUGGUUUUAGUCUUACAUGUUUUGGCAAUAAAUGGUUUUUGUAAUAUUAUGCAAUAAAGAACAACCUACGUAGAAAGUUUAUCAAUUCUAGCUAGUUCAGUUUUAGCAAAAUAUUUACAAUUUGAAGUCGAAGUGAACCAAAUUUGUUGUUGAUCCCUGGAAUUAAAGCCUAUUUUCUUCAAAAAAAUUAUUACAACAAAGCCUAUACGGAAGAAAUUAGAAGAAAAAUCAGAACAUCAGGUAGAUUGUUUGUACUUAACGGAAGAUGCUAAUAAAACAAGUCGAAUGAUACUGUUAUAAACACAAAGUUGAGACACACUCAUGCCUUUGAGGUGGUAAAUGAAACACGUUUAAGUAGAUAACAAGCUGAGGUUAUCAAAAUUCCUUUAAUUUAAAAGAGAUAGCAAGGAAUUAUUAACUAAAAUCAUCAACACGAUGAAAGAUAAUUCAGAGUUGGGAAAUAACUAAAUAAGUUAUGUGAUAAUAGAUAUUGGAUGAUGAAAUUACCGAAGUGUUCACAGACUAUUCAACAG